AUGACGGCUCCAUGGCCGAGCAUAAUAAGACAUCCUGCCCAGAGGUCGUCGACUAACACAACUAUAGGCGAAUACCCCGAAGUGUUUGCUACAAUCCAAACAACGUUUCUUGUGACACCCGCACGGCAUCAGGCUAGGCUUGGCUUCCUAUCCAUGUGCAGAGAGUUGAGCUGGCAGAAUCUGGAUAUCGGGGCAAGUAUGCGAGCAGUUACUUCCUCCGGGUGGUCUCCGCACCCGUAUCGUCCCGCAAAACCCACAAUAUCGAUACUGCCGCCUCUGCUCAGCAAGAGACAUCGUGAAACCGGUACCGGAAAACACGCUGCGGCAUUCAAAUCAAGAUUUAGGCGACGUUAUGAUAAACGGCGCGAAAUUCCCAACGGUAGGGCCGACAAAAUGCCCAACAGCACACCAUCUCAAGCAUUGCAAACGAGCUGGCAGCCAACAAAUUCCCGGACUGAACCAUUCCGGCCAAGGUGGAUAGGAGGUGCAGAGCUUCCAACGAGGCGUAGUACUGUACGAUUGGGCGAUUUUGAGGCCUGUACGGGUGAGAUUUUGUGUACGUUCGUACAACAGGGAGGAGGAGAGGUAGGUGUACGUAUCGUAACUGUUACGGCUCACAGCCCUUAUACCCCUCCAGAACACCUAUACAAACUUCCUAAAAAGGUAAUACGAUCUGUACUACGUACCGUACCUAGGGCAUCAUUAAACGUACGGUACGGCUCACGAACUCGGUACGUUCGUACUGAACACGUGACCGUUACGGUUCACUUUGUACGGACCGUAGUACGGCCCGUUGGAAGCCCUGAGGAGGUUGUACUCUCCACCAAGAUUGAGCAUAAUGGGUUCUCCAUUCCAAGCCUGUGCAUUAUGUUCUUUCACAGCCCAGCCAUUCUCAAUUCUCUCCUCGUCAAUAGGAGUUACGUUAGAGCUCUGGGACCAAUCCUGAAAUUGUUACCAAAAACGCUCCGAGAAUAUCAAACCGAGGAUUAUACACAAACUAGCACAGCCACAUUUCUUAUUACGCUGCGAAUCAUAAUGAUAAGUAUGGAAGUAAGGAAUUUCCCACCACACCUUCAAAUAAACCAAUCCUUCCCCCCUCCUACAAAAAACAUACAAACCAAUGCCUCCCUAGUCACCCCACAGUGCUCUGAAAUCAACACCGGAUUUCAAAUCUCUAGAGCAGCGAAGUAG